AUGGUAUCCGUGAAUGCCUUGUUAUUCUCCCUCCUCGCAGCCUCUACGGCUGUGCAGGCUGCAGUCCAAUGUUUUACCUCGCAGGGCUACACCGCGGCGCAGGCGGAGACAUGUCUGGAAGAUUUACGCGGAGAGGGAGAGAACGACUUCCUAAUAGAUAACAAAGGCGAGUCGUUCGAUUCUGUCUCUCUUUGCCAAAAGCCGGGUGUCUACGUCGACGCGAGACCCCAGAAGGCUGCGGAGAUAAGUUCCUCUUACCGAGAUGUGGCCGAUACCUUGGAAGAGAUUAUCAAAGAGUGCAAAGACGGCGAUAAUGCUGCCGGUUAUUCUUAUGUCCAUGGAAAUGGAGACCUAACGAUUGCGCUGAACAAUGUUACGGAGCCUGCUUCGUGA